GGCAGCGCACGGCCGCCAUGGGGCGGUACUCGGGCCAGACCUGCCGCCUCAUCUUCAUGCUGGUGCUCACCGUCGGCUUCUUCGUGGCCGAGCUGGUGUCCGGAUACCUGGGCAACUCCAUCGCGCUGGUGUCCGACUCCUUCAACAUGCUCUCGGACCUCAUCUCCCUCUGCGUGGGGCUCUCCACCGGGCGCAUCGCCCGCCGCAGCCGCCGCGGUCCCCGCGCCACCUACGGCUACAGCCGCGCCGAGGCGGUGGGAGCGCUCAGCAACGCCGUCUUCCUCACCGCCCUCUGCUUCACCAUCCUCGUGGACUCCGUCCUCCGCCUGGCCCGGCCCGAGCCCAUAGACGACGCCCAGCUGGUGCUCAUCGUCGGCACCCUCGGCCUCGCCGUCAACGUCGUGGGGCUCCUCGUCUUCCAGGACUGGGGCGCCUGCUGCAGCGGGCGAUGCCCGUCCCAGCCUCCGGCCGCGGCCGCCGCGCCGCGGGACGUGCCCGGCGGCACCCCGAACGGCGAGGAGGAUGAAGCAGGUGGUUCACCAAAUGACCAAAAGAGCCCUGAAGAGGGGUCUGAGAAGAAAAAAGAGAAAAAGUCUGAAGCCUUGAACAUCAGAGGUGUUCUUUUGCAUGUUAUGGGAGAUGCGCUUGGAUCUGUGGUUGUGGUAAUUACUGCUGCUAUCUUCUAUGUACGUCCCCUGGGGAAUGCUGAGUGUAAUUGGCAGUGCUACAUCGAUCCGAGCCUGACAAUAGUUAUGGUGCUCAUCAUCUUGUCUUCUGCAUUCCCACUCAUAAAGGAGACCUCAACAAUUUUGUUGCAGAUGGUCCCCAAAGGUGUUGAUAUGCAACUACUGACUAACAGACUUGCUCGUGUACCCGGGGUUAGCAGCCUCCACGAGGUGCACAUCUGGGAGCUUGCAAGCGGGAAGAACAUUGCCACUCUUCAUGUCAAGUGCCAAGCCCCUUCUGAUUACCAAGAUGCUGCUCACAAAAUACGGAAGGUUUUCCACGAGGCAGGAGUCCAUUCCGUGACCAUCCAGCCCGAGUAUGCUGACCACAAGACCUCACAUCUCCUGUGCAGCUCACCCUGCAUCUCAAAGGCCUGUGAGUCUCAUCUGUGCUGCAGCCAGAGGGAGCCCCCCCGGGCUGACACGAACGGCUACGUGGAGAAAAGCGAAAGCUCCCUCACUGCACAGCACAAAGACAAUGGGUCAAGGCAAAGUGACAUUGAAAUCCCUAUGGAGGACUCAGUGGCAGAGGAGAGCUUGAAAAACGUGAAAAAUUGCGGCGUGUCUGAUGACAAAUCACAGUCGGGCGGUACACGACUUUAGGCAACUCGCUCUGCUCUGUGUCAUGUGCUCAUGGAGCAAACAUCCUGGCUGGGAAGGGGGGCAUCGGUGGUUGUAGCUGAAGUUCAUGUGGCAAAAAGAUUUCUGUGCUUUAGCUGUAAACCAAAAUACACCUAAAACCCCCUUGUACCUGAAAUAAGGAUUUCCACCAAGGUUGUUGCAUUCAUAUGAUUUUUGUGAUGCAGCCUUACUGAAUUCCUUACCAAACUAAGGCUGAAUUCCUGCUGUUAGAGUGCAUGGGGUGUAUUGCUCUCUGUCUGCACUGCAGAUGAUAUUUGCAGUUCACGGCCAGUAACACCGGGAAAGAGCCUCUGGCCUUUCCUGCUGGAGUGAGCUGUUUCUUGAAAGCCCUGUGGCCAGUUAAAGAUUGUACUGAGCUGAAGUACUGUAUAUUUAAAAAGGACUUCAGUAGAGAUUCUUUACUGAUCCUUAAACGCCAAUUUUGCAUGGACAGUUAGUUUUUAAAAGUAACAAUUCUGGCCAGUGGAGUUUGUGAAUGAAAUUAAGAGUGUCUAAGGGGAAGCACUCAGGAAUUUUGACUUGUGUUAUUUUCUUGAUUGACUCCUGUCAGAGCAGAAGUUGGUCUUGCUUCUCUACAAGUAAUACUGGAGUCCCAGCGUAAUCACAGAUGAGCGUGCUAAGGAAUGGACUGCUUGUUGUGAAAACAAAUAAGUACCUACUAAUGUUGUCCAUACUGAUUCUAGCAAAUGGAAAUGCAGGCAGUCAUCCAAUUAACUUUUAUCUUUUUUUUACUGUUAUGAUUGUACAACUCAGUCUUCUAAAAUUUUUAUUAUCCUUUUCCUGACAACACAAGUUCCAGGAGCCAUGAUCUUACUCCAUCAUUGAGCAGGAUGAUUGCAUUAUGUUUAACACUGAGUCUGUCAUUAUUCAUGCUGAAUAAAUAAGCUACAGUUUAUUAUGAACAGUUGAAAUUCUGCAAUUCUAUUAUUAAGGCAUCAUUUAAUAUUGUAUUAAUUAAGGAAGCACCUCUAAAGUCUUGUAUGCAGUAUUAUCACUCAGAGGGAGCUUUAAAAAAAUUAAAGCAGGAAAUUUUUCCUGGUUUAGUCGCAAUUGUUUCCUGUUGGCUGGUUUUAAAGGUCAUGAUGCCUUGAACCCCACCUUCUGCCCUGCCCUCUUCCCCCCUGCCCAAAGGUGUAUCUCAAAGUGUCUUCAGUGAAACAGUUCACUAUCUUUUUGCUGCUUGCUCUUUCUGGAGGUAUGGAAGGGUUCUCUAAGGAAGACAAGGUGAUGUGCCCUGUCACUAGUGCUGGAUUUCAGUCAGGUAUGUUCUGCAGGUUUCUGGGAGGGGAAACCCACUACUCAGUCCACACUGAGUCUAGUGCUUGCUCUCCCUGGCUAUGCAGAUCAGAUCCAGAAGAUCCCAAAUAUAUUUUGUUGGCAAAAGCAGCGUUUCAAUGGUCUGUGUGGCCUGAACAGGAUAUUUUAUCUAUUUAUUCACAGGGACAGCUUUGUAAAAUAGUGGUGUUUUUACCUCAGUGACACCUUAACAGAAAGGGCAAAUUGAUUUCCAGCCUGGGCUGGGAAAAUGCCAGGACCUCCUUGUAAGGAUGGCUUAAAAGCAGCCAACUCCUUAUUAAUAAAAUAUGAUUGCAAUAAUUCAAUGAAUAUUAAAACACCCAGCAGGAUAUUUUACUGCUUGGAAUGUAGUAUUUACUGAAGCAGUAAUUUCAGUCUAAACAGAGUAUUUCUAGAAUUAUAAUUACCCCUUUUAAAACAGAUUUUUGGAUGAAUUAAGAUAUUUUAUACCAUUUUGUUGUAAGGUUGUAUCAUAUAAAUUAACCUAUUUGUUAAUAUAAUUAAGAGCUUGAUCCUCCAGGCUCUUUGAUUCCAUUGGCAGCAGCAGGAUCUUGCUUGGCAGGUAUUGCACAAGUUAAUGUAAAUCAGGAAACAUUGUAAGAAUUGCUGUGUCUUCUAAAAGCAUGUGCCAUGAAGUAAGACAGCCCUUUCUUCUGUUCUUUUAUUUUUCCCUCUUUAUUUUCAUCUAUGAUGAUGCUUAGAUGUAAAUAACAAAUAUAUUUAUCGUGUUUUUGAGAACUGGAAUAGACAUCUUCCAAAAUAACAUCGAAGUCUAUGGGAGAGCUUUCUUCCCAGAUAUCUUCUAAAACAAGCAUCCUUGAAUAGUUAUGCAUAAUUAUUUGUAUCUAAAAUAAGGUAAUUUUAUAUGUAUAUAUAUGUGUAUAUAUAUAUAUACAUAUUUUAUUGAAUGGUUGAAAGCUGGAAUGGCAGUAUUUAUUCUGGGAUUAAAGAAAACUAGUAUUUGUGAUGUUGGGGCAUUUGUCAAAAUGGACAAUUUUUAUUCUUCUAGUGUUAAA